AUGCAUACAUACAUUAUCUUUCUUUUUUCUUUGUUUCUUACUUUCUUUUUUGCUUUCUUUCUUCCCCCCCUCUCUCUUUCCUUCUCUCUUUAUAUAUUCAUAAUGAAUGAAUACACUUCUCAUUGGCUGUCGUCACCCUUUCCCUUCUCUAUCUACCAUCUCUCACCCUCUCUCUCUCUGUUUCUCUGUCUUCCUGUCUCAUUUCCUCCUACCAUCUCUCUCUCACUCUGUCCCUUCUCUACCAUGUCUCAUCCUGUCUCUCUCUCUUUGUAUCUCUGUCUCUUCUCCUCCGACUAUCUCUCGCUCUUUUCCUAUCUAUCGUCUCUCACAUUCUCUCUCUUUGACUGUUUGUUUCUUCUCCUCCUACCAUCUCCCUCUCGCUUUGUCCCUUCUCCAUCUACCAUCUCUCUCUCUUUUUGUCUCUUUUUCUCUCUGUCUCUUCUCUCCCUUCCCUCUCUCUUUUGCUCUGUCCCUUCUCUUUCUACCAACUUUCGUCUUUCUAUCAUCUCUCUCCGUCUGCAACCCCAUUUCUUUAGGGGAAUGGAAUACGUAUUAACAAAGACCAAAACAACGUCCCACCUGUCUCUCUCUCUAUUUCUGUGUAUCUGUCUGUCUCUCUUUUUGUCUAUCUGUCUGUCGCUCUGUCUAUCUGUCUCUCCCUCUUUUUACCUAUCUCUCUCUUUCUCUCACGCAUUCACAAAAAAAAGAUCUCCAAUAUUAGAAAUGGUUUCUUUUUAA